GCCCGGUUUCAGGGCUUCUCCAGGCUCUGAGGCCGGAGGAAAUGGCGGAGGCUACGGCGCUCGUGUGGAUUCGCGGGCCAGGCUCCGGGUGCAAGGCAGUGCGAUGUGGCUCGGCUCGGGGCUCCAUCUGGAAUUUCCUUCACCGUUACUUCCAAGAUCAAGUUGUUCCAGUGGAAUACUUCUUUGUGAAAUGCAAUGGAGCACUUGUUGACAUCAAUGAUGCCGUGCAGGAUGGAGCUGUUUAUAGUCUGGAACCCAGACUUUGUGGUGGAAAAGGAGGUUUUGGUUCUAUGCUCCGAGCACUUGGUGCUCAGAUUGAGAAGACAACCAAUCGAGAAGCUUGCCGGGAUCUCAGUGGAAGGCGACUACGGGAUGUCAAUCAUGAAAAAGCAAUGGCUGAGUGGGUAAAACAACAGGCUGAGCGAGAGGCUGAGAAAGAGCAGAGACGUCUGGAGCGCCUGCAGCGGAAGCUUGUGGAACCCAAGCACUGCUUCUCCAGCCCUGACUACCAACAGCAGUGCCAUGAGAUGGCCGAGCGCCUGGAGGAUUCUGUCCUCAAAGGUAUGCAGGCUGCCUCCAGCAAGAUGGUAUCAGCUGAAAUCUGUGAGAAGCGGAAACGGCCUAACAAAUCCACAACAAGCAGGGAAGCCAGUGCACAGAAAAAAAAAUGCUUUUGGUUGGGCGUGGACGGACUAGAGAAUGUAGAGGGUGCCAGUUCUGAGAGCUCAGAUGAUGACGGUGAUGGAGCACCUGGUACUUCAGGAAUGAGCUGUCAGGCUCCCCAGAUUGGCCGUGGUGGUGGUGUGGUGGCAGCCGAAUUCCCCAGCGGUUGUCAGAGACCUGGAGUAUUGAGUCUAGACCCUGGAUCACUAGAACAACUGCAGAAAAACUCCAUCAGUGACUCUGAGGAAGAUACAUCUGGAGAUUCAUGUGCUACACUGGGGGAAACCUCUCCAGAGGAGCAGGCCAAAAGGAAGGUGGCUGGGCACACCACGGUGAUCCAGGGGGACUACGAAGAUACAUCUGGAGAUUCAUGUGCUACACUGGGGGAAACCUCUCCAGAGGAGCAGGCCAAAAGGAAGGUGGCUGGGCACACCACGGUGAUCCAGGGGGACGAGGAGGCCGAGAGUGAAGAACCCAGAGAGAAGGAAGCAGCUGGGGUGAGACUGCCCGAAGAGGCAAAGACAGAAGAAAGGACUGAUGGAGAAAGAGCUGCCGUGGUAGCAUCUGGGCACAAAAAUGAAGGCCUUCCUUGUGCCAGGCUAGAGGAAGGCCAGCCAGGACACACAGGUAUUGGGCAGCGCGCUGUAGAUUUACUGGCAUUCGACUCUGUUGCGGAAUUCGAGUUGCUAGGUUUGGAUCAGCUCAAGUCUGAACUUACGGCUCUGGGACUGAAAUGCGGGGGCACUUUGCAGGAACGGGCUGCAAGGCUCUUCUCUGUCAGGGGACUGGCGAGGGAGCAGAUUGACCCAGCUUUAUUUGCCAAGCCUUUGAAAGGAAAGAAGAAAUGAAUUUCAUCAGAGUUGAAUUCCUAUUUCUUGUCAUGUGUAGCACUUUAUACCUGCAUAAUGCUGACUCUUGGACAUUUUUUCUGUUGAUAUUAAAAGUUAACUUUUAAUCAAUUUUAGUUAUCCUUUUUCUUUAUUACAUUUAUAGACUCGAUCUGUGAGACCAUUGGGAUCUGAAGCUUUCUUUGUGGAAAAUGUUUUGAUAAUACAUUCAAUUCAAUAAAUAAUACUUUAUAUCCAUAA